AUGAAACCAAAUAGGUGGAUGGACGUGUGUUUGUCCCAGGCGAAGUUGAUCCAGACGCGGAGGAAUCAACACAUCCACGGCAGAAAACAGCAGCUAGACCCGGGACCACCACCACCACCAGCAGCUGCCACCCUGAGUGCACGCCGGCCUCUGACAGGGCACUUCAUCACCGCGUACAUGAGCAGCACCUCGCCACAUCCAGGAGGCGGGGCUGCGGUCAGACCAUGGGGGGUUUUACAGGGGAAACCGGAGCACCUGGGGGAAACUGGAGCACCUGGGGGAAACCGGAGUACCUGGAGGAAACCAGAGCACCUGGGGGAAACCGGAGCACCUGGGGGAAACCGGAGCACCUGGAGGAAACUGGAGCACCUGGGAGAAACCGGAGCACCUGGAGGAAACUGGAGCACCUGGGGGAAACUGGAGCACCUGGGGGAAACCGGAGUACCUGGAGGAAACCAGAGCACCUGGGGGAAACCGGAGCACCUGGGGGAAACCGGAGCACCUGGAGGAAACUGGAGCACCUGGGAGAAACCGGAGCACCUGGAGGAAACUGGAGCACCUGGGGGAAACCGGAGCACCUGGGGGAAACUGGAGCACCUGGGGGAAACCGGAGUACCUGGAGGAAACCAGAGCACCUGGGGGAAACCGGAGCACCUGGGGGAAACCGGAGUACCUGGAGGAAACCAGAGCACCUGGGGGAAACCGGAGCACCUGGGGGAAACCGGAGCACCUGGAGGAAACUGGAGCACCUGGGAGAAACCGGAGCACCUGGAGGAAACUGGAGCACCUGGGGGAAACCGGAGCACCUGGGGGAAACUGGAGCACCUGGGGGAAACCGGAGCACCUGGGGGAAACCGGAGCACCUGGAGGAAACCGGAGCACCUGGAGGAAACUGGAGCACCUGGGAGAAACCGGAGCACCUGGAGGAAACCGGAGCACCUGGAGGAAACUGGAGCACCUGGGAGAAACCGGAGCACCUGGAGGAAACCGGAGCACCAGGAGGAAACUGGAGCACCUGGGGGAAACCGGAGCACCUGGGGGAAACCGGAGCACCAGGAGGAAACUGGAGCACCUGGGGGAAACCUGAGCACCUGGGGGAAACCGGAGCACCUUGAGGAAACCGGAGCACCUGGGGGAAACCUACGCAGACACAAGGAGAACAUGUAA